CGCUCCUGCUAGCCAGCCAAUGGCAGCGUGCGGCCAGGCUCUCCCUCGCCCUUCCGGAGGGCCCCCUCAGCUGUGCUGGGUAGCAACGAUGGAUGCCGAGGUGCAACAGGCCCUCCUCAAUUAUUACUGCCAAGAAGGCUACUUCCACCACGUCCGGGCUGCGGCGGAUGAGGCGCUGGGGCGUGUGGGCAGCGAGCCGGUGUUCUUUUUCUACCGGGCCUACGGCGCCCUGAGGACAGGUGACAUCCAAGAGGGUAUUCGUCAGUUGGAGUCUAUUAAAAACAAACAGGAGGUGUCACUUUGUACAACGAUGGCUCUCAUUUAUGCCCAUAAAAAGAGCCCUAAUCCAGAUCGAGAUGCUAUUCUAGAGUUGGAUGCAAAAAUGAAGGAGCAACGUAAAACAGCAGGACAGCAGGCUCUGUAUUUUGCUGGCCUAUUUUUGUGGCAUCUUGGUCGUGAGGACAAAGCCCGUGAAUAUGUUGAUAGAAUGAUCAAAGUUUCCGGUGGUGGUAAAGAGGGGUUGAUUUUGAAAGCAUGGCUUGAUCUCACCUGUGGGAAGGAAACUCACAUCAAAAAAGCUGUGAAAUACUUUGAUGAAGCACUGCAGGAAGGCCGUGAUGUUUUUGCUCUGCUUGGUAAAGCACAGUAUUUUGAGGUCCGACAGAAUUAUUCAGGAGCUCUGGAAACUGUGAACCAGAUAAUUGCAAACUUUCCAAACUUCAUUCCUGCUUUCAUAAAGAAGAUGAAGCUACAACUAGCCUUGCAGGACUGGGAGCAGGCAGUUGAAACGGCACAUAGACUAUUGCAGAAAGACGCCCUCAAUUUAGAAGCCAUAAGAAUGGAGGCCCUGCAUUAUUUGUGCAGGGAGGGAAAUAUAUCUGAGGCUUCAGCAAGACUGGGAGACCUAGUUAAAGCACUGGACAGGUUAGAACCACGUAAUUCGCAGCUCUUCUGUAAAAUGGCUUUAGCUUUCAGUAGAACAUGUGGCCGGAACCAGCUCAUCCUUCAACAUACACAAACCUUAGUUGAAAAAGCAUCUGAUUUGGCAUCGGACAAUGCAGAAUUUGCUACUGAACUUGGCUACCAAAUGAUUUUACAAGGCAAAGAGAAAGAAGCUUUAAAAUGGUACAAGAUUGCGAUGACACUUGAUGAAACAAGUGUUUCUGCACUAACUGGAAUUAUCCGUUGUCAGCUAAUGCAAGGGCAAUUAGAAGAUGCAGAGCAGCAGUUGGAGUUUCUUAAUGAAAUUCAGCAGUCCAUUGGGAAAUCUGGGGAAUUAUCUUUCUUGCGUGCAGUCCUAGCUAUGAAAAAACAUAAGAGACAAGAAGAAGUUAUUGCCUUAUUGAAUGAUGUUCUGGAUACUCACUUUUCAUCUUUGCAUGGCUUUCCUCUUGGUGUAGAAUACUUUGAAAAACUAAACCCUGAUUUCUUGCUAGAAAUCAUUAGGGAAUAUCUUAAUUUUUGCCCAGCACAGCCUGCAAGUCCUGGGCAGUCUCCUUCACCACUUCUCAAGCACUGUGCUUCUGUUCUCGAAACUGUGGUAAAAACUGUGCCUGGUCUUCAACAAGCUGUCUUUUUAAUUGCAAAAGUGAAAUACUUGUCAGGGGAUAUUGAAGCAGCCCAUAGUAAUCUACAUUACUGUCUUGAAAGGAAUCCUUCUUAUGCAGAUGCACACUUACUGAUGGCCCAGGUGUAUUUGGCUCAAAACAAUACUAAACUAUGUUCUCAAUCUUUGGAACUUUGUCUGAGCUACAAUUUUGAGGUGAGAGAACAUCCUGUUUAUCACUUAAUUAAGGCCCAAACCCAGAAGAAGAUGGGAGAAUUAUCAGAAGCUAUUAAGACCUUACAGAUGGCAAAGAAUUUGCCUGGAAUGAGAAAACCUACAGCUUCCUCAAAAACUAAAGGAAAAAGAAUUGAAAUUCAUGCAAGUGAUCGUGUGUCUGUCUUCCUAGAGUUAGUAGAAGCUCAUCGUUUGAAUGGAGAACCACAUGAAGCUGCUAUAAUACUGCAAGAUGCCAUUAAUGAAUUUUCUGGAACUCCUGAGGAACUAAGAGUUGUGAUUGCAAAUGCAGAUCUGGCAAUUGCACAAGGAGAUGUUGAACAAGCCUUGACCAUGCUCCGAAAUAUUACACCUGAACAGCCUUACUUUGUACAGGCUAAAGAAAAAAUGGCAGAUGUUUAUCUUCAGUACAGGAAAGAUAAGAAGUUAUAUGCUGGCUGCUAUAGAGAGCUAGUAGAAAAACUGCCAAGUGCUCAUACUUUUCUUCUUCUUGGUGAUGCAUACAUGAAUAUUCAAGAGCCUGAUGAAGCCAUAGAAGUCUACGAGCAGGCCUUGAAGAAAAAUCCAAAAGAUCCAGCUUUAGCGAGUAAAAUUGGAAAAGCCCUAAUCAAAACGCAUAACUAUUCAAAGGCAAUCAGUUACUAUGAGGCUGCAUUGAGAAGCAGUCAACAGAAUUUCCUUUGCUAUGAUUUGGCUGAGCUUUUAAUGAAACUGAAGCAGUAUGAAAAGGCAGAAAAAGUACUUCAGCAAGCUUUAGAUCAUGAGCCUGUUAAUGAAUUGUCUUCUCUGAUGGAAGACGGACGUUACCAGGUGCUUCUGGCAAAAAUUUACAGCAAAAUGGAGAAGAUUGAUGAAGCUAUUGUUUCAUUACAACAGGCUCGGGAAUUACAAGCCAGAGUGCUUAAACGGGCUCAAAUAGAACAGCUGGAUGCAAUUCCUGCACAGAAGCAGUUAGCGGCUGAAAUUUGUGCUGAGAUUGCAAAACAUUCUACAGCCCAGCGAAACUAUGAAAAAGCAAUUAAAUUUUACAAAGAAGCUCUUGUUCACUGUGAAACCGAUAACAAGGCAAUGUUGGAACUUGCACGUUUGUAUCUUGCACAAGAUGAUACUGAUGCCUGUCAACAUCAGUGUUCCUUACUACUGAAGAAUGACCAAGAUAAUGAAGCAGCAACAAUGAUGAUGGCCGAUCUCAUGUUCAGGAAGCAAGAUUAUGAGCAAGCUGUCUUUCAUUUCCAGCAGCUCCUAGAACGCAAGCCAGAUAACUAUGCAACCCUUUCACAAUUAAUUGAUCUGUUAAGAAGAGCUGGGAAACUAGAAGAAGUCCCAAGAUUUCUUUUAAUGGCUGAAAAACAUUCUUCCAGAACAAAGCUUGAACCAGGAUUUCACUACUGCAAAGGACUGUAUCUUUGGUAUACAGGUGAACCAAAUGAUGCACUCCGGCAUUUUAAUAAAGCUCGAAAAGACAGUGACUGGGGACAGAAUGCAGUCUACAACAUGAUUGAAAUUUGUUUGAACCCAGAUAAUGAAACUGUGGGUGGUGAAGUCUUCGAAAAUCUGGAUGCUGACAUAGGUAAUUCAACAGAGAAGCAGGAGUCCGUGCAGUUGGCUGUAAGAACAGCAGAAAAUCUUCUGAAGGAACUCAAGCCUCAGACCAUUCAGGGUCACAUUCAGCUGCGAAUCAUGGAAAAUUAUUGUCUCAUGGCAACCAAACAAAAAUCAAGUGUUGAACGAGCACUGAACACUUUCACUGAAAUAGUAGUGGCUGAGAAGGAUCAUAUACCAGCACUUUUGGGAAUGGCCACAGCCUACAUGAUCUUGAAACAGACUCCGCGAGCCAGAAAUCAGUUAAAACGGAUUUCAAAAAUGAGCUGGAAUCCCAUUGAUGCAGAGGAGUUUGAAAAGAGUUGGCUUCUGCUUGCAGAUAUAUAUAUUCAAUCUGCUAAAUAUGAUAUGGCAGGUGAAUUAUUAAAACGGUGCCUUCGUCAUAACAGGUCAUGCUGCAAGGCUUAUGAAUACAUGGGAUACAUAAUGGAAAAGGAACAAGCAUAUAAGGAUGCAGCAUUAAAUUAUGAGAUGGCCUGGAAAUAUGGAAACCAAAUGAAUCCAACAAUAGGAUACAAGCUGGCUUUCAAUUACCUGAAAGGGAAGAGAUAUGUUGAUGCAAUCGAUGUUUGUCAUAAGGUCCUUGAAGCACAUCCAAACUAUCCAAAGAUCAGAAAGGAAAUACUUGACAAGGCCCGUGCAUCACUAAGAACAUGAAUAUUUUUUGUAUGGCUUAUGGACUGUUUCUUUAAUCUGACUUCGGAAACUAUGAAUGAAGUACUGCAGUGACAGAGACCAUAUCAGCACAAAAGUAUUGUGAAUAUUAUUAACUUAAUGAUACUAGAGAUCUGGAUUAUUUUAAAGAAAAAUCUGCAGCCCUGAAAGGAAUUGUGUUUAUUCUUAUUCAGGAGAGAAUACUGCUUACAUGUGUGCUAUGUAAAGUGUCAUCCAGCAUCAUAAAAAAGUGUCAUCGGCAUUAUAAAAAUGUUUUAGAGCAUACAACUUAGUAUUUUGGCUUGUCCAUUUGAAAUAGCACUGAAAACAACAGCCUAUCCUAUCUAGUGCAGGUGCAUUGUUAAGAUGCUGGAUUUCAGUUUGUGUAAACCAUUUAUUCAUAAUUAUAGUGUAAUCUUUAUUACUGCAGGUAUAUUUCUAAAGUAUGGGUUUUUAUUUUUACAUAUGUUAUAAGCACGCUUUAUUUUUUUAAUCUUGAAAAACCAGCUACAUACAUCAUUCUCAGUGGAACUUACAUUUUUAAUGAAAAUCUAAUAUUUAAAAAUAAGACCUUAUGUAAAUAUUCAGUAAAUGCUUUUAUAGAUCAUGCAAGUCUUACACAGAAUUUAUUUUCUAUUCAUGCUGUCUAUUAUCCACCUGUCAGAUUUCCAUGAAGAGAAAUGUUUGACAUUUUUAAUUUGGAGUGUUUAGUCUUUCAGCAUUGUAUGUGUAGACAGUAUAGUCAUAUGUGCAGAAGUCAGCACUUAUUUUGUUUAAUCCAUAUAAAACACCUUUCUGGAGAAAUCGUUUUGAUUACAGGGGAUUAUGAUCUUGUCUCACAUACGGAAUGUACCUGUGGAUCUUUAGGGAGGAACAGCAUGUCAUCAAUGAAUGAGAGAAAGGAGAAGAAUCAGGAGGUUUUUUCAGUGAUGUAGAAUUUUUGAAAAAAUAGGUGCCUAACAAAAAACACUGUUACAUUGCUGUAUUUGGUUUUCAAGCAGCACUUGAUGUUGUAUGUAUUUGACUAGAAGAGUAAUGUUUUGGCAUGAAAAGAGAAUUCUUAAUACUAGUGAUUACGUUUCUUAAAAUAACCAAUUUCAGUUUCUUCCUUUUUUAGCUUUUCAUGUUGACGUUGUGUAAAGUCACUUUCAUUUGAUUUUGGGGGUUUCUUUUUUAUGUCAACUUAAUGUUAAGGCUCCAAAAGGGACCCUGUUUACAAUUGUAUCUAAUCUUGCUUAUCAAUAACUGGGUGCUGUAUCUCAGGUAACUUUAUAGCCUUGUUUCCUAAAUAGAUUGACAUGCAUCACUUACACAAUGAUGCUACCUACUGGUGGUUUCCAGGCUCUGCAUUCCAGUAACUUUUGAGUUGUUGGUCAGCCUAACUAAAAUUAAUAGAGGUGUCUCAGGACUAUAACACUUCUACAAGAUUUGUGUGAAUGUUAGAAUUGAGAAAAGACCCAAAUAAGUGGCCUCUCCUUCCCUAGGGAACCUUGAAACUUACGCUGUAGCCUUAUCCCUUCUGUUUGAGCACUGGCAAUCAGUGUGUACAUAACAGUACCAGGCACAGUACAGGCUCCAUAGUUUUUGCCUGCCAGUUGUGCAGUGUGAUAGAGGUCUGAGGAAGAAGGUUUAGGAGACUGGGGGAAAAACUGAUGGUAUGGGAGUGGAAGGAGGAACGUGGAAGGAUCUGGAAAAUGUGGAGGCUGGGGGGAACUGUAAGGGAGCUGGGCUGUGGGGCUCAGGAGACUAUGAAUUCUUCAACUAUGCUGUUUUGGGUUUGGUUUUUUUUCCCACUGCUAAAAGAAUAAGUACACAGGCCUUAUCAAAGCAGUUUCUAGUAAAACAACAUUUCUUUGUACACAGACCUGUUCAUAUAGGAUCAAUGUGGUUUUGCUUCCUCAAUAGCAUUGGAAUAACAUUUAG